ACCGCCCUGAUUGGUAGGAGCCAAAGCAAGCGUCGGGAAAAACCUGUUCCUGGGUUCAGGGCUUUUCCUUGCUCUGGGUUAUUACAGGGCGCACCGCGUGCCUGUUCAAAGGGUUUGCCGCGGGGCAGGCUGGGAGCUGUAGUCUCGCUGGGCUUGUGGCAGUUUCCCGGGCGGAAAGGGGGAGGUGGGCUACGCGGCGUCUCCCCGCAACCCAGCCAAGGCGCGCAAGUGGCCCCGCGGCGGCGGACCUCGCACACUCUGCAGCGGGCUGCUCUUCCUCUGCCCGGCUCCCCUGCGGUUGUGGCGGCCUCUCGGGAGUGCCGAACGACGACGCCACCCCUCCCUGAUGGACUAGCUGGGAAGGUAACGAAAGGGGGCGCGGGGCGCGUGCUCGUUCCCGCGUGGCCCACCUGGUGGCCCCCAGGGGGCGCGGGGCUGGGGUGGGGGGGGGUGGGCCAGCAAAGGGGUGCGCUUGGCCCCGGCAGGCCCCUCGGUGGGUGGUGGCGGGGUCGACCCGUCGGGCAGGUUCGGGGGUUGCGGUGCUCUUCCCUCGGGGGCGAAAGUAGCUGGGACCCCGCUUGAGGGAUCCCUGUGGAUCCCAUUCCUCGCCCUCGGGGUGGGGGAUCCGGCUCUCGCAAAUCCCCACUUGGCCAAUGGUCGUGCCUACUAGGGAACGUGUUGCGGGGAGGGGGGGCUAAUCUCCUCUUUUUAGCGUGAAGGGGAGAGGAUGGUUUAAAUAAGAAAUAAAAGCAAUGCUGCGCCCGAAGGCCUCUUGCACAUGAACCCGUUGCGCAGCAGCUGCUGGGUUGGUACGGAGUGGGGCUCGGGCCGGUUUCUUAGCCCGAUCGACUGGUUGGUAGCUAGUGAGAAGCAUCAAGGGCAGGAAUCGUCUUUUUUUUUAAAAAAAGCGGUAAUUAAUUUGCAUUAAGAAUUGGUUCACACAUGCCCAUCCGUUGCUUGAUGUUUCAUCACUUUACAGCCAUCCAAAAGCAAUACUUCAGUUGACGCCAAACUUUCCCCCCCUUUGUUGUGCAUCAUAACGUGCGAGUCAUUGCGUGAUGGUGUAGUUGAGCUGUGAAUGUGCUCCUAGGGAUAGGAGUCAAGUCAAGUGGGCUGCAAUGGAUUGAAAUUAAAAAACUGCAGUACACUGAACAGUACACCUAAGAUAAGCCUGUUAGUGUUCUGAACACACCCUUAAAACACCUCUUUGCUCACUGAUAGCCCUAAAUUAGUAAUAUUUGCAUGUGUAGGAAUCACCAUAGAUAGAAGUGCCAUAUCUCCUUGACUACAGUAGUUUAUAGUGGUGACAGUUCGCACCUACACACACACACCCUGAUCAAGUGUUGAAAGUGAUGUCACAUUACAUAGGAGCAUGUGUGACAUUAAUUCACCAUCCCUUAAUAUAGCCACCUUGGAAAAGCUGAAUACUGUAGUAAUGAAUGACAGCAUUUUCACUUUUUAAAUGAUUCAUUUAUUUCUAGUCUAAUCCAUGAUGUUGUAAAUAAAUAAUGCAGAGGGAAAGCCUGUGAGUUUGGUUGUUUGGAUAAUAACAGCAAACAGGACCCAAAAGACACUAAUAAGGUAACAGGAAGCAGCGACCAGAUGUAGGCUGACACUUUCCCCCACCCUCCAAUCCCAAAACAGUUGCUGCUGUGUAAGGCCGAUUGACUACAGGAGGAAUAUAAUAAUAAUAAUUUAUUAUUUAUACCCCGUCCAUCUGGAAUUACUUCUAAGGAAACAAGUACAGGAUUGUGCUGUCAGACUGAUUGUGAACAACUCUUUAGGCUUUUGGUUCACUGUUUCUUUUCUUUUUCCCUAGGUCAGUUUAAAUAAAGGGGAAAUUAAAAGUUGUUGCUUUGAUCUCUUUCUGUAUGACGGUUAAAGUUGCUUCAGUGCAGGGGGUGACAGCUGUUUUGGGCCCUUGAGUACAUCUGUAAUUAGGAGAAACCCACACAGACACCACACACUCACCCCAACCAAGCACACAUUGCAACCUAUUCUAUUGGCUAGGGUAUAAUGCUUCUUUCAAGCCUUAUUCCAAUGAGAGAAGGGGACCAUGUAAGUGACUGGGAAGAUCUCAGUGGGCACAUGUUGGCAAUCCUCGCUUUUAAUGGAAGGUCUUGUGUUCCGCUUUAUUUAUCUGUGUGGGAAUAGAUAUAUUUGAUGUUGUUGGCACAGAUUUGCUCCUGAAUUAAAAUGGCUGUGUCUUGAGUCGGUCUAAAAUAGAUGUUUUUUGUACUGUAUUUUUUUAAAGGGGUGUCACUUAUGAGUCCAGGAGUUAAAACCUUGUUUUUCACUAGAAAUCUUUGAACUUUUUGGUAUAAAUAAGGUGGAUAAUUCACACUACUACUGAGGUGCAUGUUCAAAUUAUUCAAUCCUUUAAGGUCUUGUAGUCUUUACCAGGGCUUUGUAUAGGAGUUGGGCUCUUUCCUCCCCUUAAGUCUGUAGAGGGAGUAAAAUUACAUAUUGCAUAAAAUCCUGUGUGCUGCAAGAAUUUCAGCACAGUGUCAUACUGUCUUUUGCAAACAUGAGAUGCCCCAGGAGGUAGAGACCAGUGUUCCUUCUUUCCUACAAUAACAUCGGGAGGCCUAGUUCUUGCCCCAUUCAACUUCGGUGUGCUUACUCAAGGAACAUUCUAGCACUAAAAUGAAAAUGUGUCUUCUUUCACUAGUCAUGCCAGACUGCUGGUUCCUUUCGGUCCCAGAUAGCACAGCCAAUGGAUAGGGAUUAUAGGAAUUGUAGCUAGCAGCUGAAGGACUAAAGGUUUCCUAGCCCCGCUCUAGAGGGUGGAAAUCCAUCAGAUCAAAAACCAACUCCAGUACAGGAUACUGGGUCACUAUAUCUUCUUAAAAAAUGGAAGUAAAAUGAAAACAACUUGGAAUACAACUCCAUACGCAUUUACUUGCUGAACUGAGUCAAACUUUUGGAUAAACAUGUAGAGGAAUACAUUGCUCAUUUCGUGGAAUCUCUAUGAAGGGCAGAAAGCUUUCUUGUGAUAAAUCUUUAUCUCCGGAUGGCUAACCUGUGGAAUUCUUUGAUGCUGUUGGAUUACAAGUCCAAUUAUUCCUGACCACUGGUCCUACUGACUGGUACUUGAUGGGCAGGGGCCAACACAUGUAAGGAUUUAAAACAGAUGUCAACUUCACAAAAUCCAAAAGAUGUAGGUCAAUUGUGUUUUAUAUUGGGGAGCAACGAGUAGUUUCUAAUGCAGUUGUAUAAACGUCUAAUGAAAUUGUGAAGCAACUAGAUUGCUUUGUUACAUUCCAAAUAAAACUGCGCAAAAAAUGUCUUGCUCACAUGGGUAUCCAGAUAUUGGCACAUUGAAGUAUAUGUUUUUGUAAGCUGAAAUGGGUUGAUAUAAUGAUUUUGCUUUUUGGAAACAUUCCCAACCCCAAAGUUUGAUAUGCAGCCUGAAGUAUCUCAUCUGCAUGCAGUGCUUGAUGUAGACCAGGUUGCAAUUCCAGGCACACACUUGUAGUUGAGCUUCUGAGCUCUGGUGAUUUCCCAUACUUCCCCAUUUGAGCCUCAAAGAAUCUGGCCCCAGGACGCCACAGACCUAGCAAGCGGCAGGACUUGUUUUAAAUGAUCAUCUCUGUGACACUUCAAAUGAACAUUAAAGGCCAUCCCACUCUAAAUAUAACUUUUCCAAAGCCCGUAAACCAGCACCAAGGAGGGUGUGACUAACAAUUGUUCUUCGGCUUGCUGCCUUGGGACCAGAGUGUCCUUUAGGAAACCUGAUGAGUUGGUUGAAGAUCCUGCAGCAGUGGAACAAUGAACUGCUCCCCCGAUAAUACAAACCUUUUAUUCAUCUCUGCACCUUUCAGUUCAUAUGCACUGCACAGACAAACCACACAGCCCAUUGUUGCCUGAGUAAAAAUCUGAACCUGGCAGCCAGGCCAUACCUUCAUUUUUAUUUUAUUUUAUUCAGGAAGAGAAUUGUACAAGGAGGUUUGGUAACCCUUUAAAGAUUUCUGUGGCAACAAUAUGGCAGCAAGUCUUCAUUCUUUAUUCUUUCUGGGCUAAAUUGCAUACAGUCGUACCUUGAAAGUCAAACAGCUUAGUUCCCAAAUGUUUUGACUCCUGAAAGUGACUGCUCCAGUUUGCUGAACACCCAACAGCCAAUCAGAAGCUGCACUUUGGUUUUCAAACCUUUGGAAGUCGAACGGAAUUCCGGAACGGAUUACAUUCGACUUCCAAGGUACAACUGUAUUAUUUAAUAUAGAACACAGUUGCUGUGUUUAUGAUCUCUAACCGCCCUCCUUGCCCCAGAGCCUUCAUCUCUCCCAUUGUAGUUCAAGCUUUCAUUUGGUUGUUGAGUUUAUAUACAAGAAGUUCUACAACAGGAGUGGGGAUCCUGUGGCCCUGUGGAUGUUGCUGGAUUUCAGUUCCCAUCGCCCUGGAUCAUUGGCCAUGGUGGUGAGGACUAAUCAGAGUUGGUGUUCAACAGCAUCGGGAGAGCCACAGGUCCCUCUCUCCUGUUCUAAUAAACAGGGCAGUUGCAUUUCACAUGGUUCGGCUUCAGCACCUGAUACGAGAAAAUAAGUAAUUGUAUUGAUCAGCGCCAGUGAUUCAGACUCCUUGUUUUCUUGAUUUGUUUUCUCUGCAGAUGUAUGCAGCUUCUGCUGUGAGUGAAUGGGAUAAUCCUGUUAAAAAUAGGGAAGCUGGAGCAUAGCAGAAAUGGAUGAACAAGCUCUUCUGGGAUUAAACCCAAAUGCUGACUUAGACUUCAGGCAACGAGUAAGUUUAAUUAUACUUUUUUCUCAUAAUCUAUGUGACAACAGGUAGCUCACUGGACAUGAACAGGAUGUUGAUUUCAGCUUAGAGUAAAUAGUUCAGACCCGCAGUCAAAGAUUCCACUGGUUUGAAAGUGUAUGAGAAGUUUUUUUGAGGCUUCCACCUUCUGUUGGUACCUUGGUUUUUUUUUUGAGAAGCAUUAUCCAUUUUAUCACAGGUGUGGGCAGAUUCCAGGUGUCUAGGAUCUACUUUGUUCUAGACAUCUGAGGUUCACCAGCUGGGCUUGGGUGCAAAAUAGUGACUUGGGAAAUAUAGCCAGAUGUAGAUUGGUGUUCGAAAGGGAUGCGGGUGGCGCUGUGGGUUAAACCACAGAGCCUAGGACUUGCCAAUCAGAAGGUCGGCGGUUCGAAUCCCCGUGACGGGGUGAGCUUCCGUUGCUCAGUCCCUGCUCCUGCCAACCUAGCAGUUCAAAAGCAUGUCAAAGUGCAAGUAGAUAAAUAGGUAUCGCUCCGGCGGAAAGGUAAACAGCGUUUCCAUGCGCUGUUCUGGUUCGCCAGAAGUGGCUUAGUCAUGCUGGCCACAUGACCCAGAAGCUGUACGCCGGCUCCCUCAGCCAGUAAAGCGAGAUGAGCGCCGCAACCCCAGAGUCAGUCACGACUGGACCUAAUGGUCAGGGGUCCCUUUACCUUUACCUUUAGAUUGGUGUUCAGAAGAUGGAAUCAGCUACCUUCUGCACCUCGUGAGCCAUACACUGGGAUAACCUGAAUAUAUAAGAACAAAUACAUAUCCACAUUAACUGCCAACCAGGGACCCUAAUAGACCAAUUUGUGUGUGUGUAACCUUUUCAUUGCUGCUGUUAUUAAGCUGCUGGGACUCAGAAUCCCUUGCCAAUCUAUGCAGUUCAUCCAGUGAUCAGCUAGUAGACCCCAGUCUUAUUUUCUGUUCACCAAUGUACUAUCCCUCCUCACUUUUCUUGGCUCCUUAUUUUUCUUGUAACCUAGGCCUUCUUUUAUCUAGUUCUUGUAGUGACAUACUGGCUAUUAACCUCACACAAGGCAAGGGAUUCCUCCCCACCCCUUCCCCUUUCAUAUUGGUCUCUCUUUCUCAACUCUCUCCCUCAGGCAUAGGCAAACUCGGCCCUUUUGGGACCACAACUCCCAUCAUCCCUAGCUAACAGGACCAGUGGUCAGGGACAAUGGGAACUGUAGUCCCAAAACAUCUGGAGGGCCGAGUUUGCCUAUGCCUGCUCUACCUCCUGUGCCUUGCCCUCCAAUUCAUUUUUCUCAGUUGCUUCCUCCUCUCAUCCUUCCCUCCAAUUCCUUUUUCUUAGUAGUUGUCCCCUUUGUUUCCCUUUCCAUUGGCAACCCUGUACAGUGGUACCUCGGGUUAAGUACGUAAUUCGUUCCGGAGGUCUGUACUUAACCUGAAACUGUUCUUAACCUGAAGCACCACUUUAGCUAAUGGGGCCUCCUGCUGCUGCCGCGCCGCUGGAGUCCAAUUUCUGUUCUCAUCCUGAAGCAAAGUUCUUAACCUGAAGCACUAUUUCUGGGUUAGUGGAGGCUGUAACCUGAAGCGUAUGUAACCCGAGGUACCACUGUACUUGCAAAACUGGCAUAAUGUCAUCACUAUUUUUCUCCUCCCCCGCACCCCACCUUGCUUGAUUUAAAGUUACAGAGAAACUUAAUGUAUUCAGGGUUGUGUCCAGGAAAGUUGUCCCUUGCCCAGUGCCCAGAAUUACCUGUGCAACAAGACUUCUCUCUCUCUCCUCUCUUCACAUGCCCCCCGCAUUUCCACUUCAUCUGCUCCAGAGGACUCUCCCACCCCAGAUUGGGGUAAGAGGCAGAGAGAGAGAGAGGGAGGGAGAGUCUUAUAGUCCAUGCACUAAUGGGAAGACUUCAUUGAGUUCAACCCCAUAUGUUUACAUUAUUUUGGAGAUGAUUCCUCAAGUGGCUACUCUAGCAACUUUCUUUACAGUUUCUGGAAACUUUACAGUAUAAAGGAAUUUAUUUAUUUAUUUAUUUAUUCAUUCAUUCAUUCAUUCAUUCAUUUUAGGCAUUGGCCUAUUUUGAACAGCUGAAGAUCUCUCCAGAUGCUUGGCAAGUGUGUGCUGAAGCUUUAGCCCAAAGAAUCUACAGGUAGAUAAUAAAUAGUUUUGUUUUUUACAUUUAAUCUGAGAAUGUUCUGAAGUUAUAUCACCUUGACAUAAGAUUUAUUUUUUAUUUUUUUGAUGAUUCACAUGUCUCUGUUUAAAGAACCAAGCAAUUUCAGGGAGGUCACUAGACCAGAUGAAUUUGAUGGGUGGCUUGUUGCUCCAGCUUAACGACUAGAGCUAGACCCACCACAAAAUAUGCACAGCUGGUAGCUAACAGCAGAACUAUCAGGUAUCAGCUUCCAGUUUCCACAUGCCCAGCUCCCCUAGACUUCAUACAACUUGCAGCUCUCUAAAAAGGAAUGAUUUUGUGAGUGAAAGCGCAGGUGCUCAGGAUGCUAAAUACUGAAUUUUAGGUUUGUUCAGUGUAGCCCUAGAAUACACAGCCCACUGAAACUGGAAUCACUAUGUCCCCACCCCAAGGGUUUGGUUUUCUGCCAUGAUACCAAAUGGAAUCUACCCACAAAACCUUGGUGCUUGUAUCCAGUUUUCAGAAUGCACUUUUCACGCCGGGUGACUAUUACAUACAUUGUUUGAUUGUGCAUUGAUUGUACCGUUCUUCUUUGUUUCAGCGAUGAUCACAUCAAGUUCUUCUGCUUUCAAGUCCUGGAACAUCAAAUUAAAUACAAGUGAGGCGGCAUCUUUACAUUUAUAGAAUUGCAGCAAACGGAAAGUAAAUGUAGAGAAAUUAUAACUGCUUGCGUUUCUAGUAGUUCAUGUGUCUCAUUUAUUUUCUUCCUUGAAUAUUGAAACCCCCGAUUUAAUGCAUUUAUUUCACUCUCAGUUGUCUAAUUUAGCUGCACUGAAACAGCCAAAGGUUCACUCUGUGCCAUCCAAAGGGCUACUGAGGUUUUGUGCUGGACGGUUUGAUGAAAAACCUUUGGGGCUCCCUGACAAUUGGGGUGGUUCCUGAUGCCUGCAUAUUUUCCUGGAGGGUGUAUAUUAAUCCUUGUGUGGUUUCUUAGCGCAUGGUACAUCCCACUAACUGAACAUCAGCCAGCACACAACAGCUACGGCACAGAUGAUGCUGAUGGGCUGCAGGUUCCAGGGUUUAAAAUAUACAUAUGCAAGUUGAAUGUUGUUUUGUCCUGUGUUUCAGGUAUUCCCAGUUGACUGAGGUACAACAUCAGCUAAUUAGGGAAACACUCAUAGCAUGGCUACAGGCCCAGGUAGGUUUCUUCACAAUUUGGCUAUUAAUAUUGUAUGCAAAUAUCUGCUUGCUGCUGUUCCCAAAAAUUUUCCAAUAUAUUCUUGCAUAUUUUGAACCUACCGCAUCUUGAAAUGUUACUAUAAAAUGCUGGUUUCUUUCAGAUGGUGAAUUCUCAAUCGGAGAAAACAUUUAUACGGAACAAAGCUGCGCAAGUCUUCGCGUUGCUGUUUGUCACUGAAUAUCUCACGAAAUGGCCCAAGUUUUUCUUUGAUAUCCUGUCUGUGGUGGGUCUCAAUCCUCGAGGUGUGGACUUGUACCUUCGAAUCCUUAUGGCAGUCGAUGCCGAAUUGGUCGAUAGGGAUGUUGUUCAUACAUCAGAGGUAAGUUCCCUUCUUACAAUUCAAAUGCACCCUGUUCUGUAAGUCCUCUUUUCCUAACUUGCCUUGCCUGUGAAAAGCAUUUCUAAAAAAAUGAUUUCUGCUCUCAUGGUGUUUUCUGUUCUGAAGUUUCUGUCUGCAGUUUAAGUAAACUCACAGUGCAAUCUUACACAUGUCUAGUCAGAAUUAAGUCCUACUGAGUUCAAUAGGACAGUCCCAGCUACUGCCUGACUCCUUUUGCUCCUCUUCAAACACAGAGGCCUUCUGAUGAGACACUUUUGGUGGUCCCACAUGCCCCUGAGGGCCAGCUGGCCUUUACCAGGGGCCAAGCCUUCAGUGUGGCAGGUCUUGUGGAAUGCCUCGCCAAUAGAGUUUUCAAGCAGAAGUCAUGGCUGCUUGUUUUUAGACACCUUCUAAAAACCGUGUUAUUUAGACAGACAUUUCAAAGCAGAGAUUCUUUGCCAGCCAGCUUUUCCACUUAACACUUUUUUAAAACAACCUUUUGGCAUUCUUGCAGCCACUACCUCCAUUUUUUGGUGUAUAAGAAAGCAGUGAGGGUGUUACCCCCAAAGUUGGCAUUUGAUAUUCCUUUUUAAAAUCUUAAAUGUUAGUGUCUAGACUGGCACCAGCAUUUUCCCUUCCAAGACUGACAAACUUCUUACAUUUACAGGAAGCCCGCCGAAAUACCUUAUUAAAAGAUGCUAUGAGGGAGCAAUGCAUUCCAAGUUUGGUGGAAUCAUGGUACCAAAUUUUACAAACGUAUCAGUACACAAAUUCAGAGUUGACGUGUCAGUGCCUUGAAGUAGUUGGAGCUUACGUCUCUUGGAUAGAAUUGAGCCUGAUCGCCAAUGAAAGGUAACAUUUCUUUUGAAUUGGGAACGCACAGACUAAACUCAAUUUCUUAAAUAAAAUUUGGUUUGAAAAAACCAAACACAAUUCCAGAAGCAACAGUCUUGAAGUUCUUUGGGCAUUAUAGCUGGGUUAUAUUAUUUCCUGUCCAAAACAAGCAAUAGCAAAUUGGUAAAUAUAACUCAGAUGUUUGCAUCUACCGAGUAAAACUUUUGUGUAUCCCUUUUAGAUUUAUAAACAUGCUGCUAGGUCACAUGUCUGUAGAGGUUCUACGGGAAGAAGCGUGUGACUGCUUGUUUGAAAUUGUAAAUAAAGGAAUGGACCCAAUUGAUAAAACGAAACUGGUGGAGACGUUGUGUCAAGUGUUACAGUCGGCUGGCCUCUUCAGUGUUGACCAGGUGAGUUGCCUUCUGUAAAGAGAGAGAAAAAGCUUGUGUUGAUAGGCCUGUGUUGUGAUAGCGUCGGCAGCUGCUGUGUGCAUAAGAAAUAGGUAACAUAUAUUUCUUUGCCAAUGCCAUCAGAAGUUUAGUAUGCUGCUGGUGGUUCUUCCCCUUAUGCCAGUAUAAUUUGCUUCUCUUCCCUCCCAUCCCAAACUCUUAUUUCUGUCUUGUUUCUGAACUGAUUCUCACCACCCCAGUCGCACCUAGUCCUACUCAUGUAGAGACUGGCAAUUAUAUCUGAUGCUAGUCAUAUAAAUAUGCUAGCAAAUGUGCACAGAGGGUGAGACAGAAAGUCCUACUGGGUUGGUAGUUUCAGGGCUUCUGUGCAAACUGUGUUAAGUUGCUUGCAUCAUUAGCUGAGCUCCAGCUGCUGCAGGGCUCAAUAGGAUGCUUCCAUCUGGCAGGAACAUAAGGAAAGCCCUGCUAGACAAGACCAAAGGCCUCCUUAGCAUCCUGUUUCCCACAGCAGCCACCAAGAUGUCUAUGGUAGGUCCACAAGCAGGAAGUGAGGACAAUAGUCUCCUGCCAUCGCUCCCCGGCAAGUGAUAUGUAGGGAUAUUCUGCCUCUGAUCCUCAGGAAACAUGUUUGGCAUUUUCUGAUACCUUCCCUGCACAUAAUUGCUCAGAAAUCCCACUAAGCUCAAUGGAGCUUGCUCUCUAGAAGUGUGUUUAGGAUUGCAGCAUAAGUAAAUAUAAUAAAUGCAAUUAUAAGUCUAUCAUAACCGUAUCCAUGUGUAUGCCAUUUUGGUCGAUGUAAUUAGAGGUUCAGGUAGAUCAGUUGCUUUGGUGACAUAAACUAAAAUUUUAAUAAUAAUUUGAUUAACCAACUUGACAGGAAGAAGAUGUGGACUUUCUAGCCAGGUUCUCCAAACUGGUGAAUGGGAUGGGACAAGCACUGAUAGCUAGUUGGACUAAACUUGUGAAAAUUGGAGAUAUGAAGAAUGCCCAGGAUACUCUGCAAGCUAUUGAAGCAAAAGUGGCCCUAAUGUUGCAGCUUCUGGUUCAUGAGGAUGAUGAUAUUUCUUCUAAUAUUAUUGGGUUUUGUUACGACUAUCUGCAUAUACUGAAGCAGGUAAAUUGCUCUUCUUGCAUGAAGGCUAACAGUAGAGCUUCAUUUUGAAGGAGAUGCAGCCUGGUGAAAUCUUGUUCUCUGAAAUAUCUGAUUUAAAAAAACCCAAACAGAUCUCUAUGCUUUGUUUCUGAAACCAAUGACCAGUGUUAAUAUGCAGAAACGGCUUCAGUCCAGUAUACCUGAAGGAGCGUCUCCACCCCCAUUGUUCAGCCCGGAAACUGAGGUCCAGUGCUGAGGGCCUUGUGGCGGUUCCCUGACUCCGAGAAGUGAAGUUACACGGAACCAGGCAGGGGGGCUUCUCGGUUGUGGCACCCGCCCUGUGGAACGCCCUCCCACUAGAUGUCAAGGAAAUAACUACCAGAUUUUUAGAAGACAUCUGAAGGCAGCCCUGUUUAGGGAAGCUUUUAAUAUCUGAAGGACUAUUGUAUUUAAGUAUUUUGUUGGAAGCCGCCCAAAGUAGUAGUAGUAGUAGUAGUAGUAGUUGUUGUUGUUGUUGUUGUUAUGAUUAAUAAAUAGCUUGAGACACUUCAAAAGUAAAGUUUGUUUUUUUUGUGUGUGUUUUUUUGCAGCUUCCUAUGCUUUCAGAACAGCAAAAAGCUAAUGUAGAGGUAAGAGUGAUUAAAAUAUUCCCCCCCCCCCCCCAGCUUAUAACUGAAAAGAAAGAUCUCUUCUGUCCUCUAUCCCCCAAAACCUCAUUAUGACUAAAAUGUAUUGGGCUCUAUUCAGUGACGUCAUCCUGUUGCUGCAAGGACUUGUGCCUGCACAACAGCACCUCCUCUCCUCACCAUGCUCCUUGUAUCCCUCUAUAUUUCUGUUCUGGACGUUCCCCAUACCCUGUGAAGCAGAUUUUGGAGAGAGUAGACAGGGAGAGGAAGUUUUGUUGCAUAGGUGGAAGGAAGUCCUUGCAUUAAUGGGAUUGCUUUGUUGGACACAACCCUUUGAAUUGACUUCUUUGCUUUUUAAAAGAGAUGAUGCAAUGCAUACUUCUUCUUUUUUUAAGUCGAGAGUUUGAUGCUAGCUGAUCAACUGUUUUCCAUUACUACAGGCAAUUAUGUUGGCUGUUAUGAAGAAACUAACCUACGAUGAAGAAUACAACUUUGAAAAUGAGGUUAGCUGUCACAUUUGGCAGGUUUUAGCUUUUCAUGGUUUAGCUUUUCGAGAAGUGGUUCAGUAAUGUCUUGGUAACUCUUGAGGAAUUGUUUUAGUAUUCAAAUACGUGCCAAUGUAAACAUUCCAUAUAGGACAGGGAGAAGGGGACACUUUAGUUUCUAGGGACCACAGCGCCAAGCAGCAAACAUGGACGUGUGUUCUUAAAUGCAUGUGUUUGAAGCUCUCUGCAUGCGUCCUCAUCUACAUGUGAAGCAGAAAUCUUAUUUUUAUCAAACCCUGGUAGAAAUGAGGAGUGGGUGAGCUUUUUGUUCUUCUCCUCCUUGUGUCAGGCAGGCAUAAGAAGCCAAAGCAGUGAGGAAGGGCCUUUGUCCAUUCUAAGGCAUAGCUCUUUUCUUGUACAAAUGCCUUCUUGAGUAGAUUCAGUUGAAGUGAAACUCCUACCUUUAUGGAGCCACAAAUUCCCCUAAUGCUAUGCUAACCCCCUGAAGAAACUUGAGGAUAAACAGCUACUGCCCAUUUCCUUUCUUUAUGUUGAGAAGGCCCAUCCAGUUUGGUGGUCUUCAUAAAGACCAAAAGCAGUGUGAAACCAAAUAAGGGCUCUUUGGAUUUUGCAGUGGGGCGAUGGUUCAAAGACUUAACUUCUGGUUAGUUUCCAUGUGACCACUUGACGGUGGUGUGUGCAGCUUGACAAAAGUACUAACUCAACUCUUGCAAACUUCCAUGAUUCGGAAUGAAUGACUCUUGCCAGUGUGAGAGAAUAUUAUCACAAGUUAGUUAGCUAAACACUUCAUUGUUACACAAAGAAAUUUUACGUCCCUGCAGUCAAAAAGAUCAGACGUAUGUUUGUGUUUUAUCUGUUCUUAUUUCAAAGAAUAAAAAGUAACACCUUUGGUCCUGUUCAUGGCAAUACACACGUUGACAGGGUGAAGAUGAAGCAAUGUUUGUAGAAUAUCGGAAGCAACUUAAGCUGUUGUUGGACAGACUUGCACAGGUUUCGCCUGAAUUACUCCUGGUUUCCGUACGGAGGGUUUUUAACACUACAUUGCAGUAAGUUUUGUGUUAGCUUUGUUAAGUUUUUCUCUAGUCCAUCCUGGUCAUUUGUUGCUUUUUUUUUUAAGCAUCAAAAAUUUAUGUUGACAUUUAAGAACCCCAGAGAUUACUUGUCUCGUCCACAUUAAAUGAUACAGAGAAAAUACUUGAAUCUUUGUAUGCUCCUUUGGAGCUUCUAGUCUCUGGUAUCCAAUAUAAUCUUAUUAACACCUGGUAAGUCAGGAUUCAUUCGUUGGUGCUUAAUUUGGCCAUUGUGUUUCUAUCAGUCUGUUCCAAUCUGUGUGGGACGAAUAAGUCAUUCACUAUAAGAUUGAUUGUAGCUAUUUUGGGUUCUUUUUAAAUGUGUGUGUGUGUGUGUGUGUGUGUGUGUGUGUGUGUGUGUGUAUGCAUGCAUAUGCCUUACUUGGGCCUAUUCUAUUCUGUUUUAUAGGAAUUGGCAAACUAAGCCGUUUAUGGAAGUGGAAGUCGCAAUCAGGCUGCUGUAUAUGCUGGCUGAAGCUCUUCCAGUAUCUCACGGGGCUCACUUUUCAGGUGAUACAAAAGCCGGGGCUUUGCAGGACAUGAUGCGGACUGUAAGUACAAAACGAACUCAAGACAGUUUUCCUUUUGAGCAAGCCUUUCUUCAGUCAAGGUGAAUCAUCCUUUUCUCCCUCUUGCAGCUGGUUACAUCGGGUAUUAGCACCUAUCAGCAUACAUCAGUAACCCUGGAAUUCUUUGAGACUGUGGUCAGAUAUGAAAAGUUUUUCUCCAUUGAACCUCAGCACAUUCCAAAUGUUUUAGUAAGUCCAUAGUAAUUGCUUCCUUUUCUUUUUUUAAUGUGCGUUGGUUAUCAGUAACGCUUCUACACCCCUUCCCCCUCCAGACAGUUUUUUGUAAAAGGAGUUUGGGAAACGGUUUUACCUCUUUUCCCAAUUUAUUACCCUUUUCCAUCAUGCAGUGUGGCUUAAAGCGAUCAAACUCUUCCCGUCUUUAAUUGCAGAUGGCCUUCUUGGAUCACAGAGGUCUUCGCCAUAGUAAUCCAAAAGUGCGAAGCAGAGCAGCUUAUCUUUUCUCCAGAUUUGUCAAAUCCCUCAAGUAAGUUGCUUGAAACCUAGAGACUUAAUGGGAAUAUUUUCAGAAAUAAAAGAGCUAUUUCCCCUCCCCCCAGGAAAAUGAAGCUGCAUAAGCAUCAUUCUUUACAGUGGUGCCUCGGUUUAAGAACAGUCCGGUUUAAGAACGAUUUGGUUUACAAACUUUGCAAAACUGGAAAUAGUGUCUUGAUUUGAGAACUUUACCUCGGUCUAAGAAUGGAAUCCAAAUGGUGGAAGGGCACCGGCGGCCGGAGGCCUCAUUAAGGAAAGCGCGCCUCGGUUUAAGAACAGUUUUGGUUUAAGAAUGGACUUUCAGAACAGAUUAAAUUCAUAAACCUCGGUACCACUGUAUUUGCAAACCACUUUUCCAUGGCCAGCCAUGCUCAAGGCAGCUCACAACAUCAAAAAGUUUACAUAAAGAUAAUUCACUAGCAACGCCAAGGCGCAACAGAAUAUAAAUAGUCAUAAUAAGCUUGGCACUUUGGGCAGAGUCUGGAGGACACUACAGAAGGAUCUUUUCUAAACAAAAAUAGAAGUGAGGUUUACUGAUCUGAAAAUUUGAGUCUGGAGACUUAUGGAAAAGUUCAGUAAUUAACCCACCUCUUCUAAAUCAGUUCACUGUUACUCCAGGACAUCAAAAUUCUGGUAAUGUGUUUUCCGUAAAUGUGUUUCUAUUAGGUUACAAAUUUAAUUCUAAAUAAACAAAUUAAGCGUUUUUGGCUUAAGAUUGCAUUUACUGGUGAACAACUCAUUCCAAUAAAUAGAGAAGAUUAGGGUACUUAUUUUUUCCCUUUGUACUCUCGCAGUACAAGAUGUUAUAACUUCUAAAUUGAUACUUUGAAAAAUACUGUUCAACUGUCACAAUUCAACACAUCCAUUACUGUAAAAUGUUUGUAAGCAUAGUCCACUCCUAUGUUUCAGCAAACAAAUGAACCCUUUUAUUGAAGAUGUGCUGAACAGAAUACAAGAUCUGCUAGAACUUUCUCCACCUGUAAGUAUUUCCUUUUGUCUUGAAUGAAAAGGGCAAAGAGGCUGGGCCCAUAACAGCGAGGAGGAAGGCAGGACAACAUUAUACAUUCUGAAUUGCUGUCGAUAUAUAGGAGAUGAUGCAAAUGUACACAUGUUGCUUGCAUGAUUAUUAGGUCAUGUUGCAUAUAGUCUGCAACUUACCAAUGUAUGCCUUGUUUGGGUUGUUCUUUAAAUGAUCUUGGCAUGUGGCAAGUGCCGUAUCUCAUCUUAAGCGUGGGCUAGUGGUCUUGGACUGGCCGGAUGCUUUCUUCAAAUUCCCAUUUGACCACAAGGCUUACUAGGUAAUCUGGGGCUUGUCGUUAUUUCCCAGCCUUCAGAGGUUGUAAACAUAAAGGAAGGGUGGUAUUGAUGAUGUUUACUGCCCGAAGCUUUUUAGAGGAGAAAUGGCAGGAUAAAAACCUAAGUCGGAAGCUUCCUGGAGCACUCCAUAGAUACAAUGUCAGAUUAUAGACUGGGUGUUAUGGCUGUUCAUGACCCGGGUUUCUAGAACCCUGGAGCUGCUUAAACCUUCUGAGCCAUCCUUUGUUUUCCAAUACCCUUCUUAUCAUAUAGCAUAGUACUACCUAUGGAGUAGCGGGUGGCGCUGUGGGUUAAACCACAGAGCCUAGGACUUGCCGAUCAGAAGGUCGGCAGUUUGAAUCCCCGCCACGGGGUGAGCUCCCGUUGCUCGGUCCCUGUUCCUGCCAGCCUAGCAGUUCGAAAGCACGUCAAAGUGCAAGUAGAUAAAUAGGUACCACUCUGGCGGGAACAUAAACGGCAUUUCCGUGCGCUGCUCUGGUUCGCCGGAAGUGGCUUAGUCAUUCUGGCCACAUGACCUGGAAGCUGUACGCUGGCUCCCUUGGCCGAUAAAGUGAGAUGAGCGCCGCAACCCCAGAGUCGGUCAUGACUGGACCUAAUGGUCAGGGGUCCCUUUACCUUUUUACCUAUGGAGACUAUUUCCCCACCUCCAUUUUCCCAGGUUUUUUGCGCCCCCCCCCCCCCGCCUUCACAUCUCUAACUGUUUUGAGACAGAUUCCCUAAAUAGGGUACAAUGUGCAUUAUUCAACUAACAUGCAGAGAUUUCCAUUUGUGCAGUGGGACCUCUCCCAUUCCCUCCCGUUAGGCAUACCCCAUGCCUUCCCCAAAUCUGCUCCAGAAAGUUGGGGGAACCCCUAGAACAGAUUUUUUUUUGGGGGGGGGGGAGUCCAAUUGUGCAAGUGGAAAUUCUUGCGCUGAUGGGAAUCAUUACUCAGCACUAUUUUAUGUGCAAUUCAUGGACCUGACCAGCUAAACAAUUGUUUCUUCAUUUAACAAGAAGUCCUUCAGAAUGUAAAUCUCUCAUUGGUUCCUGGACCCAUUUAGUAUCUCUUACAUUGGGAACUUCCAGUGCAGACCAGAGUGAAUGUUGCAUUGCAGACCCAUAGACAGUCCCAUAGGCGUUUGAGACUUUUGAGAUCAACUUCACAUUGUUGUGGCAUGCAAAGUAGGUGGAAUAUACUAUCAGAAGUGAUUUAUUUACAAAUAAGUAGCAUCCAUAGUGGUAACUCAGCCUCAUGAAAGAUUUGAGCAGUUUGGGGUAAGGUAGCGUGGAGUGUUGCUGUACAAAUAGGUUGUUUUGUGUGUGUGUGUUCUUUUAAGCUAUUCUAGAUUUCUGCAAGUAGAAUUUAACAGGAAAUAUCUGAACAUAAAGCUCUCCUUUGUUUUCUGGUUCCAGGAAAAUGGCUACCAGGCUUUUUUAAGCAGUGAUGACCAACUGUUCAUUUAUGAGACUGCUGGAGUACUAAUAGUGAACAGUGACUACUCUGCAGAACGGAAGCAGGCUUUAAUGAGAAAUCUUUUGACUCCUCUAAUGGAGAAGUUUAAAGUGCUGUUAGAAAAACUUAUGAUGGCACAAGAUGAGGAUAGACAAAUGGCAUUAGCUGAUUGUCUGAAUCAUGCUGUUGGCUUUGCAAGGUGGGAACAAUAUAUAGUUUAUUCAACAUGCAUACAGAGGUAUAAGUUUAAAGAAGAGGUUUGCGGACGGCUGUUUGCAAACUCCAAUGUUAGCAGAGGUUCACAUGUUUGCUAAAGUCUUAAGCUUGUGGGAUGGGUUCCCCCUCCUGAUAUUGCUUAAUUUCCUACCCUGUUAUGGGAAUAAAGCUUGGGAAUCUGAUUUGGUGGUGGAAGGAAGUCUCUUAAAAGUACAUCCCUCUGUGACUAGAAAUACUGAGACCUACAAAAAUAAAAAGGCCUUGUGGAAACUGAAUUCUGUUGCUCCCAAAUCUGGAAAAAAAGACAUGACUAAAUGUGUUGUUAAUAAAUAUUUAUCUAUCAGUGCCUUCGAAUAGUGUAGGAUGUAGCCCAAAGAGCCUAUUGGGCAUAGAUUUACAAAAUUUCUUCAGAAAAGUCCCUGUAAAUUCAAAGUGCAAUUAAGUGUGACCUUAACUAAAACAUGGCAACGAUGAUAAAAAUGUUUUAGCUGUUGCAUCAGAUUUGCUUUUAGUACUGGUCUGAUUUGAGAAUAGCAUAGCUGAAAUAUUUUUAAAUGGCUCAACCUAAGGAUCUGCCUGCUUGUGUAUGGCAAAAACCUUGACUUCUUCUUCUUUUGCACAGCCGUACAAGCAAAGCUUUCAGCAACAAGCAGACAGUAAAGCAAUGUGGCUGCUCGGAAGUGUAUCUGGACUGCCUGCAAACCUUUUUACCGGCUCUCAGCUGCCCCUUGCAGAAGGAAGUUCUCCGAAGCGGUGUCCGCACCUUCCUUCACCGAAUGAUUAUUUGCUUAGAGGAGGAAGUUCUUCCGUUUAUCCCGUCAGCCUCUGAACAUAUGCUCAAGGAUUGUGAGGCAAAAGACCUUCAAGAGUUCAUCCCUCUCAUAAACCAGAUCACAGCUAAGUUCAAGGUAGGCAUCUCCCUCAGUGUAAAAGGCGAGGAACUAAACUAAGUGUCUCUUGAGCCGGCCUAUGAAGUGAGAUCAUCACCGGAGGCAUUGCUCUGAGUGUUCUUACCAUUUGAAGUUAGGUGGAUGGUGGCAGUCAGAAGGGCCUUCUUGGUGAUGGUGCCCCAAUUGUGGAAUGCCUGGCACCUACUUCAGUGUGUUUUCUGUGCCAAAUACCCUUUUUUUUGUUUUUCCAGACCCUUAACAAAUUUUAUCGGUCUAGCACCUGAAUUUAUCAUUCAUUUAGUGUCAUUUGUUUUUUACCUGUCAGUUGUAUUUGCAAGCUGCCCUGGAAAUAUUUUGUAUUGAUGGGCAGCAGUUACCUUUUAGAAACAAGACAUUUGAAAAGAUACCUUCCGAAGCAGGAUGUCUAAUUGCAGAAAAGCCUGUUUUUCUUUUCUUUUCUUUUUAAUCCCUCUGUUAGAAAGUGGAUUUUUUGGAAAAGGAAUUUGAAAAAGAGACUGUAUUCAAGUGAGGGUAUUCAAGUGUUAGUGGUAGAUGCAGAAUUCUAAUAUAAUAGCUACAGUCAGGGAUGCUGUGCAGUUGAGCCUUCAACAUUUUAAAAAACCUUGCUUCCUUCUUAUAAUGAGAUUCUCUCCCUUGCUUGUGCAAACUGUAAUUUGCUCCAAAAUAGGGGACUGAAGCCCAUUUCAGAUCAUAUUUUAGUCCCCAGGUUGUGGGCAAACCAUACAUUACUCAGUUUGGUUUCAACAGCAAGCUAUGAAUUUAGUCAAACCAAGGGAAGGAAAGAGAUGGGGUUCUCAACGGACCAGCCCAAUGGGUUGGCUGCAGUUAAUUCUCUGUAAAACAGGAGUAGAUCUGCAUCAUCCAAUUAAUUGCAUGGUUCAAAGGGAAGGAAUGUAAAGCAGUUUCCAUAGGCUUUUCAACACUAUUUUUAAUAUAAUGCCUUGUGAACAUAAAGCAAUAAAUUAUCUUGUGUGGCUUGUUUGGCUGGCUGAAAGUGCCAUUCCACAUGGGUAAUUAUAACUAAAUUAACUAACUUAAAACUAAGACUUGAGAAUCGUUUGGCCAUCAUCAUGGUGUCAUCCAAAAUAGCACUCUGUGUACUGCAGAAAUCCAUUCAAGCCCCAAAUGUCUUUUAUGUGAAAGCGCAGUUUUUGUAUUUCAACUCCAGGAAUCCCUGCUAAAAAGGCAGAGGAAGUUCUUAAUGUAGAUGCUCUCUGUUAUCACAAAAUUUGGAUUUAUCUUGGGAAGUUUGCAUUGAUCUAAUAAGUUUGAGUUGAGAGAAAUAAGCAAUGUUAAUCAUUGUACAUUUAGAUAUAUAGACUUACCGUUAGAACUUUGUAUCUUUAAUAUGGAAGUAUAAUAAACUAAAGACAAGUUGCUUGCCUUUUUGUUUAUGGUAUGUUUUGCUCUUGCUCAUCCAUAAAUUUAAUUUUGUCAACUUAUAUAUUCCCUGUCCCAAUAGAACCAGGUCUCCCCAUUUCUCCAACAAAUGUUUAUGCCUCUGCUGCGUGCUAUUUUUGAAGUCCUGCACCGCCCAGCUGAAGAAAAUGACCAAUCCGCUUCAUUAGAAAAGCAGAUGUUACGAAGAAGUUACUUUGCCUUUUUGCAAACCGUCACUGGUAGUGGAAUGAGCGAAGUCAUAGCCAAUCAGGGUAAGGCAUGGCUCAUGAUGGGAGACUGGUUUCGUAGCCAUAUAAUUCUUCUAGUAUGGAAGUGUUGGUUCUUUAGCAGUGAAAGAACUGUGUAGUUCAGAAGUUCAGUUCUAGAAUGUUCUUAAAGUGCUUUGCUUAGAUAAAAUGCAUAUGGGUUGUAUCUAACCAAGUCCAUUUAUUUCAGUAGAUCUUUUCUGAGUACACCUUAGGUCAGCUAUAACCCUGUACAAUUAUUAUGUGUGUCUUCCUUGGAGGGGAAAUGCCUUGUAACACAUGAUUUAUAUAUGGAAAACAAAUUGGCCAGCUUCGCACUUUGCUCUUGACAGACCAGAACAAUUUGUUAUUUAUUGCCACUUCAUUGGUUUGAAUAAGAUUUAAUUGAGAUUUCCUUCCUCUAGGUGCAGAGAAUGUAGAACAUGUGUUGUUCACCAUCAUCCAAGGAGCAGUUGAUUACCCAGAUCCUAUUUCUCAGAAGACAUGCUUUAUUAUUCUUUCCAAAUUAGUGGAACUCUGGGGUAAGGUUGCCUUCAUACCAUAAUGGCUUAAGUUUGAUACCCACAAAAAAACGAUUUUCAGUUUUUUGUGUUCCGCCUUCAAAUGUUGCCGUAGUCACUGUGGGGAUGUGUCCUUUUCUUCAUACUGUGUGGUGCUUACCCUUGAUGAUGAGAACCAGAGAAAAGUCUGAAUAUUCUUGUUUGGCUUUUUUAGGAGGCAAAGAUGGACCUGUGGGUUUUGCUGACUUUGUCUACAAACACAUUGUUCCUGCAUGUUUCUUAGCACCUUUAAAGCAAACCUUUGACUUAGCAGAUGCACAGACAGUAUUGGUAUGUAUUCCGAAGCCUGACAACAUUGGGAAGUGAAUGGCUAAAUGUCCUGUAGGCACACCAAAUUGGGCGGUGGGUGGCUCUCCUGAGGUCUUCUAAAAUGCAGGAGCUCAGAGGAAUCUGGAAAGCCUGUUCACAGAAUAUGGAAACCUUUGGGGCUUUUAAAAAGAACUCCUAUACAUAAGAGGCAGUUGGAGCCAUGUGGCUUCUUGGUAAAUCAUGUCUCCAUGGCUGAUACCCUGAAUGCCGACAUACACAAGUAGUAGAAUUCAGGGCCUCUGCUGGGUUCAGUCUGCCAAAUGUAGAUUGUUUAGAGCUCCUGAUAAACUCCACAAGAGAAUUCAGCAAUCCUGAAAUCUGGCAGCAGAUUCCAUCUGGCUUAGAAUGCUGGCAUCGGUAGAAAUAGUUAGCCACUCUAGUAAGCUUAAUGCUCUCUUGAAGAAUGUGCAAAGCUCUGGCUUUAUUUUGAAGCCUUUCUGCUGCUAACAAAGGUUACUUUUACAAUGAACUAUUAGCCCCAGAAAGUGUAAAUGUAGCAUGUAAUUCAAACUACCGAAAUUCCAAUACUCAAAUGUUUGUGCUGAAGUAUUUUUGUUUUGUUUUUAUAAGGCUUUAUCCGAGUGUGCAGUGACACUAAAAACAAUUCAUCUCAAAAGGGUAAGGCUUUUGGAAAUAGUGACUAUUUUAUUAAUAGCCUUUUUUUACCUUGUCAAAAACACUAUUUCAGUUCACAAUUUGCAGGUUGUAGAAGGGAGGCUCUGUGGAGGGUGGAUUUCCUGUUUUGCUUGUGUUUUCCCCCUAGUCUGUAUUGGCUUGGUCAUACUCCUGUAUGAAAUCCAGGAAGAAAAUUCUGCAAGUAAACUUCCUGAAUGUUGCUUUUAAAAAUAAGUCACAGGAACAGGGUACUUGCACAUUUCAGCUGAGUUUGCAUUCCUUCUGGCUGCAAAAAUACUGAGCCUCCUGAUUAGUUAAAAAUGUUUUGCCAUUCUUGCAGCCUGUUUUUUUCAAAAUGGUCAUAUGUCAGAGUUACGACAGUCUGUAUAUGCAAAGUGAUCGGAGGGGUGUGGUGUUAUCUAACAUAGGAACUUACACAGUUACGUUUUUUUUUAAUGUUUGCUUUUCUUUAGCCUGUGUGGUGCCUUUUUGAAUGUAGAAGUGAUACAGCCCCACUUCAGACAAUCAUAUUUUGAUUUAAUAAGCUGAGAUAUGAACAAGCUUUUUGCCCUCACAUGCAGCCCCUUUGCUCAAGCCAUGCUUAAACUAUGAAGUUUCUAAUUAGCCAUUGUUUCCUGUUUAAUCUGAAAUAGAAAACUAUUGUUCCCAGCUUUGGAACAAGUCAGGAUCUUAAAUCAAUUUGGUUUAAGAUCCCCCUCUUCCAGUUUUUGGCUACACUGGCCAAAGCCAAUCUAUGAUUUUAUUAACUGGAUAAAAACCUGUAAUGUGGAACAGGUUCAAAUGAUAAAAUACCUAACUGCAAAAACACUGCUUGGAUGUUCCUUUUCGUAGGGCCUUGAAUGUAUUCAGUAUCUCCAACAAGAAUAUCUACCUUCGCUGCAGGUAGCUCCUGAAAUAAUACAGGUAAAACUUAUUAUUUGGCUGAUGCAUAGGAUUGGAUCUAACAGGACUAGUGAAGGUUACAUCCCAUCUUCCUGGCAGCUCCACAGUUCCCCUGAGGGCGGUGGGAUCCUGUUGAAUGAGGUAGCAUGCUAAGCUGAGGGGAAAGGUGGAGAUCCCAAAAAUCCUUGGAGCUAAUCCAGUUCGGGUUUUCCUGUGGGUAACAACGUUUGUUAUUUUCAAGCAAAACAUACUGUAGUAUGAUUGCAAGUUAUAGCAAGAGAGUUUGAUGAUUUUGCUGGAGCAGAUUAUUAAUCUGGUGCUCAAGGCGCACAGCGCAUCUAAUAGUUGAGGUAAAAGCGCAUGACUGUUCUUGUCAUUAGUCUAUUUAUCCUAAACAGUAAGUGUCAUUUACUUUCUAAAAGAUGACUGAGAACUAACUUGUAUCUGCAAGGUGGAUUUUAUAUGCACUAGAGAAGAUACUUCUGCACACAGAUUGUCUUGCUAUAUGAGAACUGUGCUUGUAGAAGGUUUUGUGCAGGGAGAAACAAAGCCACCACCAGAAUUUAAGGUUUCACAGAGAUAACACAGUUAUCCUUGUGGUGACAGAGAGAUCAUUGCAUGCAGGAGCCCAAACACACAUAGUCACCUGCUUCCUCACACACAGAUCUAUAGAUAGAUCCCAUUUCUAAAUGGUUACAUUUUCAUUAGGAUUGGAAACAAUUUCCAGGUACAAUGGAAACAGUUUCCACAUACAGCAUUUUUAUUGUUGAAUCUUUCAUUCUUCUUAUUCUUAUUUUGAAAGGAACACAUUCGUAGUUGCUGAAAAAAAUAACCAUGUUACUUCAACACAACAGUGCAAACUAUUUGCUCAUUAUUAUGGUGCUUUUCUUGUUUUUCUUGUAGGAAUUUUGUCAAGCACUUCAGCAGCCGGAUGCUAAAGUUUUUAAAAAUUACUUAAAGGUAGGUUAAAUUUGCAUCAGUAUUCCAUCUUUCACGGGUGAAGGCAUUUUGUCAUGGAUUAAAUAGGUCUUGCAUGUAUCUGCUUGCAUUUACCAUAAACUCUGAAUUAAGGGCAGGGGCCUGCAGCCCUCCAGAUGUUCUUCAGCUCCCAUCUUCCCUGACCUUACUGGCUGGGGCUGGUGGGAGUCCCAACAUCUGGGAGGCUAUAGAUUUUCCAAACUAGUAUUAACUCUGAACAAUACUGCUUGCUACAGGAAGCUAUUAUUAUACCAACAUAGAAACCACCUUCACGCGUUAAUAAUGUGAAGGGAAUCCAUGUAAGGGGAAAUGAGCCACAUCCUUGAACAGAUCUGGGCUGAGGUUGUAGCUUUUCACCCCUUUCCAUUUUACUCAUCUUUUGAAUAUUUUAGGUGUGUGUUUUCAAUUGAUAGUUUUAAUGUUUCUUUUCGCUCGGAGGUUUUCUUAGUCAAGCAGUAUGUAAGUUUCAUUAAAUAACGUUUUAGGUGGCGUUGGUUGAAUUACUAAUUUCAUAUGCAGCUUACAGUAUUUUAUAUGACUUUUCAAUUUAACUAUGGCCAAGAUAGCUGUGUUGAUGACUUGCCUUAAAAAUAGCACGUGAAAAGUUGCUGAAGCAUUUUAUCAACUUAUCUUGGAGGGUUGAAACCACCCUUAAGGCAAAUAGCACACAAUAUAAGCAUCGCAUGUAUUUCCUGUCCAGGUGGGAGACUCCAUUGCCAACUUACUUACUGCUCUUCAUGGUGUCUAAGAAAUUAGUCCCAUAAGCGGAAGCUUGCUCAAGGACUUCCACUAGCACAAUGGGGCUUUCCUCCCCCCACAUACCCUCAAAAUGGUUCUGGGAGGUUGGGGGUAUCUCCCAGUUCAUGUGGGAAUGAGGGGGGAGAUGGCCUUGUCUGGCAAGCUGCAAUACUUUCACAUUUCUGUAGCGCUACGCUGAAUUCCUCCCAGAGAUUUGAUAGUCUCUUUGUUAGCUGCAAAUGGUCCCAUUUAAACCUGAUUUCUGCCACUGUCAAUGUACUUUUAUUCUUAGCUUAGUGGUACUGUUCUUCUGUGCUUUCUUCUUCUCUAAAACGAUAUUUACUUUCUUUUAAAAACAGGUAUUCUUUCAAAGAGCAAAGCCCUAAGAGAUCUACUGAAACCUUUGACUGUUUCCCCUAAUCAGGAUCUCCAGAUAUUAAUUUGUAUGAAUGCAAACUCCUGUGCCAUUCAGGCUGACUUUUUCUUUUGGAAGACAUUGCUCUGUGCUUCAAUCAGUAUGUGUAUUAGCCUUUUGGUGUAAAAGUGCAAAUGAAAUGCCCUACAUUGUGUUGGUUGAUGCACAUGCGGCAUAUGGGCAACACGUCUUGCCUGCCUACUCAGAAACACUCUGAUAAUUGUGUGCUGUAAUUAGUACAGCAAAAAGAAAAAUCCUUUUUUAUUUUGAAAUUUAAAAAAAUGUAUAAAUUCCUUCCAAGCCCAUAGGAAUGGUUAUAAAUUGUGUACAUUUUUAAAUACUGAGUAAGAUAUUUGCAUAUUAGAAAUGAAAUUCAUUUGUUCAUGCACGGUGAUAUAAAAUAAAGCAAUCAAACUUGGUUUUGUAGAUAGAUGUUUCAUUGGAGCGGUCUUAAUGCUGAAGUGUAUGCUACAAAACAGUUAUUAAUGGAUCAGAUUUACAAGAAGAUCUGGUUCUACAUUUUUAUACAGAAAAAUAAAUUUUAUUCAAUGAAAUACACAA